UAUUGAUAUUCUAGGUUUGGUACUCCUGCCCAAAUUACAAGAAGAAAAUUUCUAAAAGUUUUUAUAUUUUUUCUACGACAUUCUUGGAAAUUAUACUACAUGUCUACCCUGUAAUAACUUGAUUGCUGACCAUUUCUCCAAUCACGCGCUACAAGACAAACCCAAGAUUCUUAUUUAAAGGUUCAUCUUUCCAUUUUGUAUUUGGUAAAAAACAGAGAAAGUUCACUUUUUUAUUUUCAAGAUUUAUCAGCUGUUGAUAAAGAUGAAAUUUGGGAAAGAAUUUGCUUCCCAAAUGGUCCAUGAAUGGCAAGAAGCUUAUAUGGAUUAUAAUUUUCUCAAGAAUCUUUUGAAAGACAUCUUGGAUUUCAAGAAGAAAAAUGCAUCAUCAUCAGAAGUUGCAGCCACUCCAAAUGGCUCAUUAAAGAGAAGGAUAUCUAUGUACAGAGCUUUUAGUGGAUUACAAAGUAGAUACACAAGUUUCAAAGGUUCUCCUGUGAAUAAUAACAAUGAAGAUGAAGUUAUUUUAGUGAACACAGUGCAGCAAGAAGGACACCAUCAAACUAUGUUUCUUAUGUCAUCUGAACAAGGUGGAGAAUAUGAGAUGGUUUUCUUUAAAAGACUUGAUGAUGAGUUCAACAAGGUGUUAACUUUUUACAAGAAAAAAGUAGGGCAAGUGAAGGCUGAGGCUGAUGAGUUGAGUAAACAAAUGGAUGCACUUAUUGCUCUAAGGAUUAUGGUUGAUAAACCUUCAAUUGAAAUGCAUAGUGCACAAAUGAUGGAUCCAGCAUCUGUGGUUCCUGUUCAUUUGAGAAGUCAAAUAAUGGAAGCUAUUCAAGAAGUUGAGAUGACUAGUGAAGAAAUUCUAGAAGAUGAAUCAACAAGAGAGAAAAGAGAUCCAACAAAGAUGACUCCUAUGGGUUUUAGGCCUGCUCCACUAGAGAUUCUGGACAAUGUAAAAAUCAAUAUUGAACCCGCGACACCUAUCUCGACUUUGAAAAAUGUGAUCAAGUCUUCAAAAUCUGACUUAUCAUUCAGCAAAGCAGAGCUCAGAAAAGCUGAAGAACAAAUAAGAAACGCUUUUGUUGAGUUUUAUCAAAAGCUUCGACUUUUAAAAAACUACAAUUUCUUAAAUGUGUUGGCAUUUUCUAAGAUCAUGAAGAAGUAUGAUAAGAUCACCUCAAGGAAAGCUUCUAAAUCAUACUUAGAGAUGAUUGAUAAAUCUUAUCUUGGUAGCUCAGAUGAGGUCGCUAAGCUCAUAGAAAGAGUGGAGGCCACAUUCAUAAAGCAUUUUGUCAAUGGAAAUCGAAGGAAAGGAAUGAAAUCUUUAAGACCACAAGCUAAAAGGGAAACACAUAGAGUAACAUUUUUCAUGGGAUUGUUCUCUGGCUGCUCAGUAGCAUUAGUGGCAGCUAUUGCUGUAGCGAUACGUGCAGGAAACCUUCUUGAGCAUGAAGGUCGUGGGCAGUAUAUGGAUAACAUAUUUCCACUCUACAGCCUAUUCGGAUACAUUGUCCUCCAUAUGCUCAUGUACGCAGGGAACGUAUAUUACUGGAGGCGUUACCGGGUCAAUUAUCCCUUCAUAUUUGGCUUCAAGCAAGGAACAGAGUUAGGUUACAGACAAGUUCUCCUCCUUGCUUCUGGUCUUUCAUUUCUUGCAUUGGCUGCUGCACUCUCCCACCUGGAUAUGGAUAUGGAUCCGAAAACACGAAAGUUUGAGACAGUAACUGAGCUGAUCCCACUUGCUCUGGUGAUUGUUCUGAUUCUAAUAAUUUGUUGUCCUCUUAACAUCAUAUAUCGUUCAAGUCGUUUCUUCCUUCUAAGAACUGCCUGGCACUGUCUAUGCGCUCCCCUUUAUAAGGUUACUCUACCAGAUUUCCUCUUGGCAGAUCAACUUACCAGCCAGGUUCAGGCAAUUAGGAGCAUGCAAUUCUAUGUCUGCUACUAUGUGUGGGGAAAUUUCAGAACAAGAUCAAAUAAAUGUCAAGAAAGCAGUGUUUAUCAAAUCUUAUACAUAGUCGUCGCAAUUAUUCCCUUUUGGUCUCGUUUUAUUCAGUGCCUUCGCCGCUUAUUUGAAGAGAAAGAUUCAAUGCAGGGGCUUAAUAGCCUCAAAUAUUUCUCAACUAUUGUUGCUCUUGUGAUGAGGACACUUUAUUCUCAGAAGAGAGGAACCUUUUGGAAAGUAAUGGCAGCAUCAACUUCAGGAGUUACUACAGUUGCAAACACUUAUUGGGACCUUGUAAUAGAUUGGGGUCUAUUACAAAGGAAUUCCAAAAACCGUUGGUUGAGAGACAAGCUACUCGUGCCACACAAGAUUGUCUACUUUGUUGCCAUUGUUCUUGACAUUAUUCUUAGACUAGUAUGGAUGCAGUUGGUUUUAGAUAUUCAGGAACUGCCAUUUCUGCACAAGAAAGCAUUCGUUUCAGUUGUUGCAUGUUUGGAAAUCCUUCGUCGAGGCCUGUGGAACUUUUUCAGGUUGGAAAAUGAGCACUUGAAUAACGUUGGAAAAUACCGUGCCUUCAAGUCCGUACCGCUGCCCUUUAACUACGAUGAGGACAAGAGUCAAUAACUAUGUUUAGCUGAUACCAGGAAAUCAAAGGAAUCCAAACUACUCAAAACUCAAAAAUGAUUUUCUGGUUUCUCUACAAUUCUUUAGUUGUUUGUCAAUGGUAUUUAUAAUAUAGUUUUCUUUGUGAAAUUAUACGGUGAAGGUAUAGGACAAAAAAUAGAAGCUGAAUCUAGCCUUGAUCAAGAGGCUGAAAAAGUGUUAAAAAAGGUCUUAAAAACACUAGCUCAUGAAAAGUCUCAAUGGAAUUGUGCUUGAUAAUUGGUUGACUCUCUCUACCAGGGUGUGUGAUCACGCCCAAAAUUCGUGCUAAAUUGAAGAAGCGGUCUGGAGUCGAAUCCCAAAUAGAACUAAGGUUUAGCUGUAACUAUUCAAUAUUGCUAACACAAUAAGUUUAGAUAAUUAUUUAGUUUUAAAGAUUAAGAUUUUUAUUUUAAACUACCAAACUAUAAAUAAUAAAACAGUAAAAAAUAUCAACUAAAGAGUAAGAGUAUGGGUUAACAUUCAACAUUCAGGAGGCCUAGAGUUAUGAUUUCUUUAAUUGUUGGAUUCCUUCUCGCCAUUUUAGCUAUAACAUCACCAAACUAAUCUCUAUCGCUCAUGAAUUUUUUCUUAAACAAAUAAAAGAUAAAAAGAAUGACUCAAUCCUAUAAAUUAAAGUAGC